AUCAUUUCUUUUUCAUAUUUUUGUUUAUAACAAAAUCAGCCCGAGUCCACCCCGACACUUGCAAUGAGCAGUUGUUAUUUGCAGAAUCAUCUUUGAUUGGCUAGUUCAUGUUUUGGCGCUCGAUUUGUAAUUGCAAACAAAGAUGGCGGAUGACUUGCUCAAGAAAGACUUGAGCAAAUUAUUCAACAAAUUUAGCAAAGAAGAACUACUAAAGGGACUCAUUGAACAAAGAUUUUUGGAUGAAGAUGUGCUAGAUACAGAAGGAACAAAGAAAACUUUCGUCAAUCGCAUUCUAAAGAGGUGUUUUGACAAGAAUGUGACGGCUGAACAUGUCAGCCUUAUGGAUCUAAUGUAUCACCAGUCUCAUCCAAGCUGUAAGAAAUGGACUGUAUACAAGCUUGUAGGCUUUGACCCUAAGAAGGAGCUAAAUGCAUCAGACCCCUGGAAAUUUAAGUCACAAUUAAAAUCCUGUCUAGGACUAUACUUCAAAGUGGAAAUUUAUGUGCAUCUUUGGAAAAAUGGUUUAUGGACAAGAAUUCACAUCUGUAAUGGAUCAUCUGCCAGUUUACUCAGCAACAAUGUUUUCAUCAUCUACUAUCCUAACUCUGAAUAUGUCUUCAUCUCCACCAUCAAAGCAGCUCACAAACAGUACAUCUUCCAGACCCUGUCAACUCUACUACACUGUCAGACUCUGAAAGAAGUAAAGUUAUCAGGAAGGGACAUGCCCUCCCUCAAGGAACUUGUGCUAAAUAAAAGCAGCCAGGGAGCCUUUAGUAAGUACAGAUUGAAUCAGGUGGAUGGAAACCCUCUCAGUAGAAAGAGAAAGAGAGAAAAAGAUAGCAAAUUGGAUGUUUUACAAAGUCAGGAAAUCACCAGUGAGAACUGGAAAGAGGAGCAGAAACGGCAGCAAUUAACAGACAGUGCAUUUGGCACAAAUCUGCCCCCUAAGCUGGAAAAGGUAGAGUUUAAGAUGCAAACAAGGCUACGAAGCAGAAAACAAUUCCAUCAGCUCAUCAGGCCAAUCUCCUGCAAUGUCAGGUUUGAAGGAUCCAGUGUUAUAGAAGGGAUCAAGAAUCUUGGAUCACAGAGUUUUGUUGACAUACCACUGCCAUCUUAUCUGACUAAUUUGCACUCUCUAUCUAGGAACUCAUUUAUGCUAAAAGAAAAGGAAAAUGCGUAGAAAAGAAGUUUAAAGGACAUCACCAAUUAAGGGCCUAAUGAUUGAAUUUAGUGCUUCAAUUUGGAUGCAUUUUUCUGAAGCACCCACAGUUUUAAUCAUUUUUAUGAAGUUUUUCAACAACAAAAUUUUAAAACAAAACCUUUCUCCAGUUACAAGUAUGAUCACUUUUAUUUAUUUGAAAAUUGUUUUCUAUUCUCAUCAUCUAUGAAUUCAAGCACUUUACAGCCAUAUGAAUGAAGUAUAUAUUUUAAUUUAAAUUUACUUUUUUUAUUUUGCAAAUAUCUGUUUCUACAAUAGUUUACAUAUUUCUAUUGUAUUUUUUAAAUUUGACUUACAAAUGAUUUUAAAUGUGGAAAUAUAUUAAAUGGUGUAAAUCAAGUGAAGUAGAAUGUUGUCAUUUAUUUAUUUAUUUAGAAGAGGUACAUAACGAGAGGUAAUUUCAGAGUAUAAGCAAAGAGUUAAUUGUAACAUGUCUUUUUGGUAUUUAGUAAACAUCAAACUUAGAUUUAACCCUUCCACAGGUUGGCAGCUUAACUUAACUGACACAGAAAUCUUGCCUCUGACAUCCAGACCCACGAGUUAUACUUCAAUUCUUAUUUUAAUACAAACAGUUAUUAUGUAAAGUCAUCUUCCAUUCAUAUAUUCCAUUAAUUGCCAAGCAAAACUAUUUGCCUCAAAAAAAUAACUCAUAAUAUUUUCUGGUAAAUAUCAGACAAAAGUUUAUUAUUUUCUGUUCUAUGAACAAGACAAGUCCGAAAAUAAAUUUUUGUCAUUAGCCAGA